UUGACGCGUACGGUUUGUGUGGCAAGUGAAAGCGUGCGGGUUUGUGCCGCAGCUGACGAAGCAAAACAAGCGCGGAAGUACGGCGGUGUACUACGCACACACAGCGUUAAGCACGCGAACGUCAAAGCGAAUACGAAUACGAAGAAAAAUAUUAAAAAAAACGAAUGCUAAAGCAGAGAACUAAGAAACAGUCAUGCUAAGAAUUAGUCACUUUGGCGUGCAGUGCGAAAUCUUAAAAAAUAAAUAUUAAGGAAAUUAAAUAUAUAAAGCUAAAUAGCAAAAAAGUGUACCACAAAAAUAUAAGAAACCACAUAAAAAUGCUUAAAUAUAAUUUUAUGUAGCCUACAUUCAGGCUUAUGUGUUUUAAAUUUAUAACUACCAAGAAAUACAAAUGAAAAAUCUCCAACAAAAACCUGAAACCACAACCAUAUGUAUAACAUAUGCAGCGCACAAGCCAAGAAAUCGAUGCAACGCCGAAAAGUAGGCAACUAGUCAUCGCGCACUAGUUGUAUUAGCAAAAAAAAGAAGAAAAUUGUACACAUUAAUGAUUGAUGGCCUUCUGCAGGCAAACUUGCGCAUAAAGUGACCGCCGAGUGUUGGCAGAAGGUAGCUGGCACUCCUCUAGGCGCAAUUUCAAAAAUCAAAACUGAAAGUAUGUGUAAUAACAACAAAAAUAAAACACAAAGCUCAAAAAUAUUGCAUGAAAAAUGAAACUAAACUAAACAAAAGCGAAAUGUGUAGCAAAAAGUAAUAAAGUGCGUGAAAGAAAUAAGCGAGUGACACUAUCUAAUACAAAUACCGUUACAUACAAACUUGUAUCAGUAAAUCGUGGUGCUUUGUAAAAGUUAAACUUCAUUUCAGCUGUCUGUGUGUGUUUUCAUGUAAAAGUGCAGAAUUUUUAUCUAUCUCAUGCCACCGCUAUCAUGAGCAGACAUCGCUGCAUUGACAUGUUUGACAUAUUGUGCUGUUAUUUUGUAUUUGCUUUGCAUGCUGUUUGACAACAAAAGCAAAGACAACGCCCAAGGACAGUAGUGAUUUUUAUGCAGCAUAACAUCUUUAGACAAUAUUAAAAGUCAUGGCAAUACAACAGCUUCGGCGACAACAACGACCACAGCAGCGACUGAUAACAAAUAUUGAGAUAAAACUGAAUUUUUAUAGAUAAAAAUUCUUCUAACAAGUUUUUUUUCGAAGUGGCUUUAAACGAAACUACCAAAGACAAAAUAUUUAAACUCAGAAAAGUCACUUUCAAACCUAGACAAAUUGAUUUCCUCGCUAUAGUUGAGGAGCACGUUAGCCAAAAUGUGCUCGACAACACAAUUUUGUUUGCUCAACCUGCGCACAUAUUUAAUUUAUUUAUGCUGCUAUCUGCUUAUAAUGGUGGCGGCCGGUAGCCGUGUGGUUGACGGUUUAAAGUGUUAUUGUAAUCCGAAAGAAUGUGAUGUCAUACGAUCGCUGGAUUGUCCAGGCAAGGGUAUGAUGCUGUGGGAUCCAUGCAAAUGUUGUCGCAUUUGCGCCAAAACACUUGGCGAAACUUGUGGUGGUCCGGGUGGAUUCUCCGGUCAGUGUGAACCACCACUACAGUGUGUCACAAGAUUGCCCAUCUCCAGCGGUCUAGGCGUUUGCAUGGAUCUUCCCUCGUCAUCAUCCUCCCUGCAUUCCACAUAUCACAGCAGUAAAUACAAUACGAAUUGUACAAACGAUGAGACAAUAGUGAUAGAGCCUGGCUGCGAAAUCACCAAUAAACGCUGCCAAUGCUGGCCAACGUUGCGCGUGUGUAGCACAAAUAGUAUCGACGAUACGGAUGCACCGGCGACGACAGAUAUACGAUGGCAUUUCAAGACAUUGGAGGACUGCCAGUUAAAUUUACAAAACCUGAUCAAAAUCGAAAUGGAAUUCGAUGAAGAUUACACAAUUUCGCCGAGCACCACUUUCACAUAUAAAAAAUUAAGAAGGAAGCGCAGAGCGUUAAGAAAACACAGAACGACCAUUAAACACUGAGUGUACAGCGAAUCAUGGCAUUAUUCCUGUACAACCACUUAGACACAACCACCAAUAAACCCUAGACAGAACUUGCUAAGAGCAUCCUAUUGAAAAAAGGCGCGCAGUUGAAUGAACGAAAUAAAGUUAAAUUUAACGGCAUAGCGUUAAUAUUAACAUAACAUAAGUGAUAAGAGAUAUAUACCAUAAAUGAGUAAUUAGCCAUAAAUGUGUGUAAAUGUGGAGAAGAAAAGCAAAGCUAUACUAAAACUGAUGAAAAAUUUGUAAAAAGAAAUUGCUGUAAAAGUAUUAAACUAAAUAAAUUUGCGUAGUUAGGUGAAGCAAUGGCGCUAAAUGAUAUAUAAAGCUAUAUUUGGAUUAAGAAAUAGAAUUUGAAAGCAAGUGAAUAUUCUUUUUGUUAAUCAUAUUUUUUUCAUUAUAUUUA